AACAGGAAACUUCUUGUUGCAGACUAAGUCAUAUUAGUGAGUCAAGAGUCAAGAGUCAAGACAUCUGAUUAUCUUAUGUUUAUGAGAAAUAAAACCUAGUUAGCUCCAUCUGCUCUCUCAGGAUUCGAGAGUUCUAUACCUGCAGCCCCUUCCCCUCACCCGUAAUCUCCAGAAAUGCAUCCACAUCUCCUUCAAACCAUCUCUUUACCUCUCACAGUAAUUACCAUCAUCAUUAUUGCAAUUCCAAUUUCUCUAUGUGAACCUGAUGAGCGAUAUCUAAGCUGCAGCAAGUCAUUUGAGUGUGGAAACAUUCAGAAUAUAACCUAUCCUUUCUGGGGAGUGAAUCGUCCUCAGUACUGUGGCUACCCAGGAUUUCAUCUUGAUUGCAGUGGUGACGCCCCAGUGAUUAAAAUAUCGGAAGUGGCGUACCAAGUCCUAGAGAUCAAAAGCAUGUCUCGAGUUCAUCUCAUUUCAACAGAGUACACAGACAACAUUUGUUCUAUCCCCCCUGUCAACUCCACUUUUGAUUCCGACCGUUUCAGUUAUGCUUCAAAUACUAAGAAUAUAAUGCUGUACUAUGGAUGUCCAACGAUUCCAAGUCAAUUUUUACCAACUUUAGGGCUAUCCUAUCAGUUCAGUUGCAACAUAAGCAGAACUGAUAUGGUAGGUUACUAUCUGACAAGGAACCUGAGCAUGUCAGCCACUGGUAGCUUUGCUGCUAACAUAAGCAGUUACCUGGAGUCAUGUAAUCACAGCGUUCUCAUUCCAGCAUAUGAAUCCGCUGUUCGAUCAAUAGAGAGCCAUCCAACUGCUGCAAAUUUGACAAAUGCUCUUCAUCGGGGUUUUUGGUUGCAGUGGACUGCAAAUGAUUCCUUGUGUAACAAAUGCAAAUUUUCUGGUGGGCAGUGUGGAUACAAUACCGAUACUAGUAAAUUCACUUGCUAUUGUCAAGACCAGCCUUAUGCAACUACUUGCAAGAAAGAGUCUUAUAGAUGGGAAUAUAAGCUUAUUAAAGUUGUAACGUUAGCUAUGUACACGAUGAUAGCAGUCACUAUCAUUGUGCUCUGCUCUAGAAGAGGAUUAUCUAGAGGCCGGAUGACUAGCUUUUGGAGGCAGAAUGCUCAACAUAAUCUAAAUAUUGAAACGAUCAUUAUGAACUCGCAUUCUCUUACUCCAAAACGCUAUACAUAUUCAGAAAUUAAGAAAAUGACCAACUCAUUCGUGGAUAAACUAGGUCAAGGCGGAUUUGGAGGUGUAUACAAAGGAGAGUUACCGGAUGGCCGUCCUGUGGCAGUAAAAGUCCUGAAGAAUUCCAAAGGUGAUGGAGAAGAGUUUGUUAAUGAAGUUGUGAGUAUUAGUAGAACUUCUCACGUAAAUAUAGUUACCCUUUUCGGGUUUUGCUUUGAAAGGACUAAAAGAGCUUUGAUCUAUGAAUACAUGCCGAAUGGAUCUCUAGACAAGUUCAUAUAUCGUCAGACCUCUCUUCAUGGAAACCAUAAUUUACAAUGGGAAAAAUUAUAUGAAAUUGCUGUCGGCAUUGGUAGAGGUCUUGAGUACUUGCAUAGAGGUUGUAACACUAGGAUUGUUCAUUUUGACAUAAAACCUCACAACAUUCUCUUAGACACAGAUUUCUGUCCAAAAAUAUCUGAUUUUGGUCUGGCAAAGCUAUGCAAGAGAGAAGAAAGUAUGGUUUCAAUGACAGGUGCAAGAGGGACUGCAGGGUAUAUAGCUCCAGAAGUAUUCUGCAAAAACUUUGGAGGAGUUUCUUACAAGUCUGAUGUGUAUAGUUACGGGAUGAUGGUUCUUGAAAUGGUUGGAGGAAAAAGAAACAUUGAUAUCGGAGAAUCUCAAAGUAGUGAAAUAUUCCUUCCAAAUUGUAUGUAUGAAUCAGAAGAGGUGUCUAGUCUCCAUGGUGUUAUAACAGAUGAAACAGAAGAGACGAUAAAAAAGAUGGUUACGGUGGGUUUGUGGUGUGUUCAAACCAAUCCAUUAGAUAGACCAUCAAUGACAAAGGUGGUGGAGAUGUUAGAAGGCAGUCUUCAAUUCUUGCAAACUCCACCAAAGCCUUUCCUGUAUUCUCCGACAACAUCACUGGAAACGAACCUCACCGCAUCAACCUCAAGAGCAUGUGCAUUGUCACAAAACGUAAGUGGCAUGGCUGCCAUUAGUUAAAGAAGCUUCAUAACAGAUCCCUGAUCCGUUGAAGCCUGAAUUGACCCUGUCGGCUUUUUGCACUUGGUUUUCAGUAAAUAGCAGCUCGGAGAUGGUCAUGUCCUUUAUAACCUUAAUGAUUUUGAAUUUACUUUAUAAACUUUUUUGGAUCAUGGAAACCAAGUGCAAAAAGCCAAGUGACUCUGUUGGCUUGCUUUUUAUUCUUCUGGAGUCGUUACAAAGAUCAUCAAGGGAAAGUAGUACAACCUUUGGAGAUGGCCAUGUCCUUUCUAGUAUUCCACGUACAAGAAUGUUGUUGCUCACUUACCAUAUCCCCUACAAGAUACAUUUCUUUGGUAGAAUUUGCUGCACAGUUUAUUUAAUCUAGGAAGGGCUUGAUCCAUCUUAACUUAUUCAUGUAUAAUUUAUUUAUUUUUCUUUCUUUUUUGUUGAUGAAUACAAAAUGAAAUUCCAAUAAUGCAGAGAUACAAAA